UUCAUUUAAUCAAUAAUGUGAUGUAAAAUUAUGACUGGUUUCACGUACAUCGCCAGUUUUCGGCUAAAAUAUCAAAGCUGAACAUAAAAUAAUCAAAGCCGUAAGAAUCCAUUUCUUUAAACUUAAUUUUACGUCUCUUAUGAUGCACAUAGCUGGAGCGUGUAUUUUGAUGUAAUUUUAAGUGUACUUCAACUGAAUUUCACGUCAGUUCAUCUAACAGUGUAGCGAGCCACUCGAAAUGUCAGCCAUGUUGAAUCGCGAGACAAGUUGCUGUCGGAACGGUCGGAACAGCUCGGCCGGUGCUACAAUUCCCGUAAAUUAGGGCAGAUCUGGCAAGUACCUGCCAACUGAAGCAACAAAAUCACACUCAAAGGUAAGAUAAACAUAGUUCUCAAUUAAUUUUAUAAUUGUUGCUUAUUGGUUGUUGUUUGUUUCUGUUUCAGGAUGCGAAAAAUAAAACGGACGGAUUUUCCCUGAUGCAUUUCGUAAAAUUUCGAAAUCAUCAUAAACAGCAGCUUGGAGGACCGAAAGAACUCUUCCGGCAGGCCUAUGUUCCGGUUGUCUGACUGGAACCUGCCUCAGAACGUUCUGAGACAUCUUCCGAAACAUGAAUCGGAAGAGGAGUGGGAUUUCAUCGUCGUCUUCGUGACUUCUUCACCUUUUGGAAAGGACGGUCUUAGUCCCAAUGAUGACGGUUCCGACUCACGGACACGGAACACCGUCAGCCGCCGUACGGACAAAGAUGGAUUGAGUUAUGCUUACGCCAACUAUUCGUCCACGGUAGCAUCCAGCAGGACUAGAGACUACCCAAUUUUCCACGAAACGGGCGUUCGUUGUUCCGCAGCUUACUUCACGGAUGGUCAAUCAGGUUAAAUUGCAUCGCCAAUCAUCAUCCGGCUGGAUCCGGAACCGGCUUGAGAUUUUUAACAAAACGAUCCCCCCAGAAGUAGUUGCGUUCUCGGUGCCCAGCUUGGAUAAUAAGAGGCCGCCAAGAGCAAUCUGCGGAUGGUUCUUCCGAGACGGAACGUGGAAAGGCGUUUUCAGUGAAUCAGUGUUUAAAUCAAGUUAACUUUGUAUUUUCGGUAACUUCUUGAUCCAGUGCAAGUGUUUCUUGAAACAAGCGAAGAAAAUUAUCAAAUUCUAAAUUUAAAUGUAGCGUUUCUAGUCGUAAAAUUAAAAAAAAAAACAAACUAAAAGUGACUCUUUUCAAUUUUCUAACCUAAAAACCCCAGCGAAUUUCUUUUGAAUUUAGCAAAAUUACAUCAACUUAAAAUUACAUCAUCUCUUAUUCAAUUAGCGUAAAAUUCAACGCUCAUAUGGGUGUCUCGUUAGGUUCAUGUAAUUUCCAAAUCUGAUGUAAUAUUGUGUCAAAUCAGACGCUCCAGUUAUGUGCAUCAAAAAGACAUAAAAUUACAUGAU